GCAGCCCAACAUUACCAGAGAGCUAGCUAAUAGUACUAGAGGAGUGGAAUUCGACCAUAUAAUAUCCAGAAUGGCUACAGAGAAUGGUGGUACUCUUGCUAUGGUUUCUGCAGGUUGUCAUGCCGAGGAGGAAAUAAAAACUCUAAUGGCUAAAGAGACUGGUAUUUGUAACAAUGGUACUAGUGAGAUUUUGGCUUCUCAUGAGAAUGGAGAGGUAGUCAAGGGAGAGAAUGGUAGUAAUAUAUCCGGUACUGCAUUUUCUGAUGGAUGGUAUGCUCUUGCUACCACAGAUUGGCCUGGGCAUGCUGAUAUGUACAAGAUGGAAAAGAUUUUGUUCCAUGAGAGAUCAGAGUUCCAGGACAUUUUGGUUUUUCAGUCACAGCAGCAUGGAAAGGUAGUCAUUUUGGAUGGCUAUCUUCAACUCACAGAGAAGGAUGAGUUUGCUUACCAGGAAAUGCUUACUCACCUCGCUCUCUGUUCCAUCCCAAACCCAAAGAAGGUAUUGCUCAUUGGAGGCGGAGACGGUGGGAUUUUGCGAGAAGUAUCGCGCCAUUCUUCUGUUGAACAAAUCGACAUAUGUGAAAUUGACAAGAUGGUCACAGAUGUCUACAAGCGCUUUUUCCCUAACAUAGCAGUUGGAUAUCAGGAUCCAAGAGUGAAUGUGCACAUCGCUGACGGAGUUAAAUUCAUGCAGUCAGUUCCUGAAGGCACCUAUGAUGCCAUUAUACUUGAUGCAUUUGUGAACAUAGGGCCUGGAGACAAAGAGCUUUCUGAUCAAAACUUCUUGAAAUCAAUUGCGCGUGCUCUUCGCCCCGGCGGUGUCAUGUCUACACCAGCUGAGAGUUACUGGCAUAAGGAUUUUGAAGAAAUUGCACAUAGCAUAUCGAACUGUUGCAAAGUUUUCAAGGGUUCUGUCAACUAUGCUUGGACUACAGUUCCUGCAUAUUCAAGCGGCAUCAUUGGUUUCAUGCUUUGCUCCACUGAAGGGCCAGCAGUGGACUUCAAACACCCUGUGAAUCCACUCAACCCUGACAAUUAUGGUGUGGCAAAGGUACCCCUCAAGUUCUACAACUCAGAGAUGCACACUGCUGCAUUUCAGCUCCCCGCUUUCGCAAAAGAGGCCAUCGAGGAGGCUAUUAGCUCCAAACUCUGA